UUACGUAUUCGUAGUCGGAUAAAUAUUAUUAUUAUCAUAUUUAAAUAAACAAUUAAUUAGAAUUAGAAUAUAUGGAAAUAACCAAUACAAACACAGAUAAGUAGAAGCAUCAUCCAAAUCAUUGCCCCAUUACUGUUUUAUACAAAAUCAAAAUCCCAAGUCUAAUUAAUUACAAUUGAAGAGAAAAAAAAUACUCAUUACACAACCUGUCACUCCUGCGCGUAUAAAAGCAAGCGCGCGAUUUAAACCACGCUUAUUCUCAACUUACUUCUGUUGAUAAUAGCUACCUAGUUAAUUCAAUAUGUAUGAAAAGAUCAUCAACGCCGACAUGCAGGGGGAUGUCCGGAUAGUGGACCUCCGCAGCGAUACCAUUAGCAAACCCACCCAGCAGAUGAGGGAGGCUAUGUAUAAUGCCGUUGUAGGGGAUGAUGUCUACGGGGAAGACCCUACGGUGGUGGAGCUGGAGCGGAGGUCAGCUGAGGUUCUGGGGAAGGAGGAUGCUGCGUUUGUAGUCAGCGGCACCAUGGCUAAUUUGCUAGCUAUAAUGGUUCAUUGCAACCAAAGGGGCAGCGAAAUGAUAUCUGGCGACAAUGGGCAUACGUUCCGUUUUGAACAAGGUGGCUCCGCCCAAAUCGCUGGAGUUCAAACGGCUCUAGUGAAGAAUAACGAAGACGGUACUUUCAAUCUCGACGAACUGCGGCAAAGAAUUAGGAAGAACCCGGAUUUCCACGAACCAGUUACUUCUCUCAUUGUAGUUGAAAACACUCACAACUUGUGCGGUGGUAAAGUUUUGCCGUUGGAUUGGUUGGAGAAAGUGGGUAACAUCGCGCAGGAAAACAACAUCGCAGUCCAUAUGGACGGGGCUAGGAUUAUGAACGCUGCCGUUUACCUGCAAGUGCCCCCGAAGAGGGUGGCUAAGGACGUAGAUUCGGUUUGCUUUUGCCUGAGCAAGGGUCUUGGCGCUCCGAUUGGCGCCAUGUUAUGCGGUAGCAAAAGUUUCAUCUCAAAGGCCAAGCGUUUCAGGAAAGCCCUUGGAGGGGGCUGGAGGCAAGCGGGGAUUUUGGCAGCUGCCGGCUUGGUAGCGCUAGAUACAAUGAUAGAUAGACUCUAUAGGGACCACGAACACACCUACAGAAUAGCCAAAGCCAUCUACAACAUGAAGUCCAACAUCUUCAAGGUGGACUUGGCCACGGUGCAGACGAACAUCCUCCUGAUGUACGUGGAUUGCAGCAAAGUGGGCAUUAAGGAAUUACAGCGUAGAUUACAGACAGUUCUACAGACAGAUAGUGUAAAGGCUAGUGUUAGGUGCACGUCAUUGAAUUACAACUGCGUGAGGUUCGUGUUGUACUGGGAAAUCACCGCGGAGGACGUCCAGUUGGCGUGCGAGAAGAUCCAGCUCGUUAUAAAGGAGUAUGACGAGAAGUUUAAGCUUUAGGGGCGACUUGGGAGUUGUAUGGUGUUUUUCAAACAGGGGUUAACCUCGAUUAUCAGUAAUAUUGCUGUCGAUGGAUAGCCUGGGUAGUUAUGUGUUUGGUUGUGAUAAAUUAUUACUUUUUAUAUACAGUGUGUCUGGUUUUUCAUGUUAACACCCCCAUUAAAUACAAGUAGGCUAGGGGAAUCUAGUGGGACUAUUUUUUUAUGGGGUCUUGAGAGGUAUUUGCCAACUACUAGUUUUUCCAUUGUUCCACUUCUGGCCUGCAGUGAUUUUUUUUUCAAGUUUUUCAGAAAAAAUUAGAUUGACAAAAUAACACCAUAUGAUUAUUUUACAUCCUUCAAAAUAGUUGUGUGCAAAAUUAAAUUUUGUUGGGCCUGUUUAAAAUGUGUAAAAUCAAAAACAGGAUAUAGUUGAAAAAUAUUAAAUGAGAAAUAGUUUUCAUUAAUAAAAUUUAUGCUGUUACUGUUAUAAUUAUCAUUAUUUGUAUUUCUUAUAUUUAACCUCUUUGCUUUACAAAACCUUCCAACUACCGAACUAAAUACCUUUUGUUUUACUCCAAUUGUUUUUGAUGUUAUGACAUCCUAGAUGUGCGGCAAAAAAUUUUAUUUUGCAUUUUUCAUAACUAAUGGAGUGUAGAAAAGUAAAUCAAUAGAUAAUCUUUCUUCAAAUUUGGUUUUUGAUUGUUUUUUAGGACGUAGAAUAUUCCUAUGCUGUUAUUUUUUUAAAAAACAUCCAUAACAUGAUUUUCUGAAAUACGCAUAUAAAAACUAAUAGCAAGCCAUGCAUUCAUGGCAAUUUGGAGCCAGUGGUCCCCAAGUGAUGACCUUUCAUGUCUUACCUAUAAAAAAGUACUCCCAUUUAUUUCUGCACAGCCUACUUGUGUUCGAGAAUAAAAUAUAUUUGAGAUGUACAAUUCCAACGGAUUUUUUUUCCUGCUAUUUUUUUUAUUGAAAGCAAUUUUUCGGAAAAUAACUAGUGACUUUUUUUUAUUAAAAAUAUUGAUAUCUAGCUUUAAUUAGCUUCACUUAAAACCACAAUUUUCCAAAUUUUAUCAAUUUCUAAUGCAAAAUAAUUUUUUUAUAUAGACUUCAGGUUUUAAAUCUUUUAGUUUUAUUUCAGUGUAAAAAUCUGGGAGGCAUUGGAAAUACUUGAAAAUUAAUUGAACCUAUUGCACAGCUUAAGGGUUAAGUGAUAUGAUUAAAUCUAUGUAGCCGGAUUUUUAAUUCAUCAAAAUCUCUAGUGAUUUUUCAAAAAAUCGCUUCUAAAUAAAUAAUGGCAGGCCAUGGAUUUCUAACGACACUGUUAUGUUACACUUAUAUCUGUUUCGUGCAAGAACGACAAGUUCUGUAAUAAAGCUUUAAUGAAUAUAUAAAACUCUUUUAAAUGCUUUUGAAAUAAUUUAGCAGUUUUUUUACUUUUGUUAUAGGUUUAGCUUUUAUGUGUUUUUUUUAGUAGGACAAAUAAUACUAAUAAUACUUUUAUCUUUUUCAUUUUCGUACAUUAUUUUUUGUACUUUUACAAUUUUCCAGUAAUUUGUUAAUAUGGGCAAGUACUUUUACUAAUAAUGUUAAGUUGUACAGUGUUUUAUGAACGAAAUAAAUUUAAUCAACGUGAUUGAUAGAAGAAAUUAGUGGGACUUCUGAAAAAUACAAUAAAUUGAAUUCCC